AUGUCGAGAUACAAUCAGCACGAAUCACCCAUGGACUUUGAGUUCCAAAACGGUACAGGACCUUUAGAUGCUCGUUCACCCUUCGCUCAGCUUAGCCAGAACUCGCAACGAUUCCCACCAGGGCAGGGAAAGAAGCGCACAUACAGCGCUUUCGACUCGCCGGCCAAGGCAAAUCCCAGCCAUACACAAUCCCCCUCCAAGCCUCUGCCAGCAGUACCGGCCUUCAACUCCAUGUUCACCACCCCUCGCAAGCUGAACAACGACUACGACGACUCUUCUGCGGGAGAGACACCACGAUCGCCAGAGCAGAACAACGACAGCGAUGCUACACCAGACAAUGCCAACUUACGAAGCGCCCUCUUACGAUCGGAAGCCGCAUCCAUGCCAACACUACCAGGAGCAGAGAGCACAUCGAGCCCGACGAAAGAUCAUGAUCGACCACAAAUGCAGAAGCGCGAGAGCUGGCUUUCAUCUCAAUUGAUUCGGGCGAAGAACAAGUUCUCCAGCCCUGGCCGAGGCGAGAUCGCACGAGUGGAGCACACAAGCAGUGGCAUGGAGAAACGAGUAGAGAAGCGGCGCAAACGGGACAUCAACCGCAAGGAAAGUCGAAGGAGAAGACAUAGCAUCUCGGACUCCGGAGACGACAGCGAACACCACCCGACCGCGCUCUCCAGCCCGCGCAAAACUAGCAGUCUCCUCCUCCUCCAACAACAACAACAACAACAACAACACCCAUCCCACGAGCCCACCAAGCAACACUGGCUAAGCACCUUCUACACCUUCAUCGAAACCCACCCCACAGUCCCGCACAUCCUCUCCUGGUACGCCCAGCUCCUCUUCAACAUCUUCCUCCUCUCCUGCUUCGCCUACGCCAUCUACAGCGCCUGGUCCGCCUUCUCCUCCGACGUCGACAAGAAAGCCCACGAAGCCAUGACCGAGAUCAUGGCCGAAAUGGCCGUCUGCGCCCAACAAUACACGGCCAAUAAAUGCGAUCGCAGCACGCGUGUCCCCGCCAUGGAGACCGUCUGCGAGAAUUGGUCAAAAUGCAUGAAUCGGGAUCCAGCGAGUGUGGGCCGGGCGAGGGUGUCGGCGCAUACGUUUGCGGAGAUUUUCAAUAGCUUUAUGGAGCCUAUAAGCUAUAAGGCAAUGGUUUUCACCUUCCUCCUUGUGUUUGGGUGUUUUGCUAUCAGCAAUUUCGCUUUUGGACUCUUCCGCAAAACGGAGAGUGUGGGCGCUUUCCCCCCACAGCAGUAUUAUCAGCACCAGCCGCCGCCUCCUACUCCGCAGAGGCAUUUCAGUGGGCAGGAAGGGCAGUUUUACGGGGGUACGCCGUGGCAUCAUCAGGUGCAGGGAUUGGAGCCACAGGCUAGUGGUGCGUAUGGGCAGAUUGAUGGGCGGGGGAGUCCGGUGAGGAGGAUACAAUUUUGA